AUGAUCAUUUCCAGUGUCAGGCCGCGGACUUGGUACAUUCUCAGGCACCUCGCCGGCUUCGGCGGUGAGCCUUUGGUGACUUUCGGUUUUGUCCUGAAAACGGCAAGACUCGCUCACGAUGCCGAAAACGCUGCCGGCGAAGCGUCUAUCGUAAUGCCUGGCCAGGGAAAGGGAAGCCAGCUUAGCGCUCCAGACGAUCUUGCUACGGCCCAGAGACGAAGUCAGUCACAGUUUGCUAUCACCAGGUGCUGUGGCGACCAUCACGUGCAUCGGUCGAGCGUAAAGACGCUCGUCUGGUCGGCAAAAUCGGCUUAUAUGAAUGCGUGGAUGGCUGGAAAUAUUAACGACUAUAUGAAGCGAUGGAGGGCUCUAAAUAUAGACUGA